GCACGAUCGAUUUAACUGUACGACUAAACGAUAUUUAUCAGUUUGUUAUAGUUCAUAAACGCGUCAACAUGUUAAGAUCUAUCAAGAAUGAGAAUGAUCAGAAAUUGUUUAUCGAUAAUGACGACGAUCAAGCAACGGAAAUAUAUUCAAAUGAUAGUGAAAAAUAUUCUACCAAAGAAAAUGCCACAACGAGUGAGAUCAAGUCUGAAAGUCGAGUUCUUGUUUUGUAUACCGGUGGUACUAUAGGAAUGAUUAGAAAUGAAAGCGGAGUUCUGGUACCAAAAGCCAAUUCUUUUGUUAAUAAUUUACGACAAUUUUCUCAAAUGCAUGAUCGUGAUUAUGCCAAGCGAAUAUACGGCAAAAUGGCUGACGAAAGUCCUUUGAUCUUACCGGUUAAAACAACGGAUAAUUGUCGUGUUAUUUAUGAGGUAUUAGAAUAUUCACCGCUUUGCGAUUCCAGUGAUAUGACUAUGGACGAUUGGAUUCUUAUUGCCAAUGAUAUCAAAAAAUACUAUAACGAUUUCGACGGAUUCGUAAUAUUACACGGAACAGAUACACUGAGUUACACAGCAUCUGCCUUGUCAUUUAUGUUGCAAGAUCUCGAUAAGAUUGUUAUCUUGACUGGUUCUCAAGUUCCUAUAUUUGAUACGAGGAACGAUGGAGUAGAUAAUUUUCUUACAUCUUUGGUAAUAGCUGCAAAUUAUAAUAUACCAGAAGUAUGCGUAUUCUUUGGAACUAAUCUUAUGCGUGGAAAUCGUACCAGUAAAGUCUCGGCCACGUCCUUCGAUGCAUUUCACUCACCAAAUUUUCCACCUUUGGCUACGGUUGGAAUAAAUAUAGAAGUCGACUAUCGUUUAACGAAAUAUCCUCAAGGUCCAGGAAAUUUUACGGUACAUUUGAAAUUGAAUCGAAACGUCGGUCUUUUACGACUUUUCCCUGGUAUUACUGCUGAUCUAGUCAAAGCAUUUCUUCAAUCACCAACUGAAGGUGUUGUAUUGCAAACAUAUGGUUCUGGUAAUAUACCAAGCAAUCGCGAGGAUAUACUCGUUGAAUUUCGUGAAGCUACACGACGUGGUAUUAUUAUCAUCAAUAUAACUCAAUGUACAACUGGUCGUGUAUCGGGUACAUACGAAGCAGGAAAAUUAUUAGAGGAAGCUGGUGUAAUAUCUGGUUAUGACAUGACGCCGGAAGCUGCUCUAACAAAAUUAGCUUACGUAUUAUCUAACACUGAUUGGAAUGUAAAAAGAAAACGAAGAAUAAUGCAAAGCAAUUUGCGCGGUGAAUUAACAUCAAGUCAACUACCAUUUAUGUUCGAAUCAGAUCUAGUUAAUGCCGUAGCGAGAUCAUUAAAAUUAUCUUCAAGAGCUGAAUUUCAAGAAUUGACUUCCAUACUUUUUCCUUCUAUGCUCAAUGCGGCAGUAGUUAAAUGCGAUAUAGACAAGUUAAAAUCAUUGAAGGAAUAUGGUGCUAACGUAUCACAAACAAACGUAGAUGGUCGAACUGCCCUGCACAUUGCUUGCUGUCAAGGAAAUUUAAAUAUUGUACAAGAAUUAUUGAAAAUGGGCGCAAACGUUAAUAAAAAAGAUCGUUUCCAACGAACACCACUCAUCGAAGCUAUUGAAAAUGAUCAUCGUGAGAUUAUCAACAUUUUAUUAGAACACGGUUCUAAACUUGAUAAAGAUAUUAUAGGAAAUAAAAUUUGUGACGUAGUUGGAUCUGGAAAUGCAAAACGUCUUCAAUCAUUUUUAAUCGCCGACCCUGACAUAUCCGAAAGAAAGGAUACGUCUGGUAGAACGCCUUUGCAUUUAGCUGCGCUACAUAAUGACGUAACUAUUAUUAAAUUACUUUUAAAUCACGGAGCAAAUCCAAAAUCUAUUGACAUGAUCGGACACACACCGUUCGAUCUAGCAAAAUUAGUUGGUGCGGUCGAUGCAAUGGAAUGUCUUACACUUAACGACGACGUUAAUGAAUAAAAUUAAAUAAAUUAAUUUAUAUAAGAAUCACUUUAAACUUUCAACAUGAAGAUAUUAAAUAUUAUUGAUUAAUCAUCGUCACUUUUAACGCUACAGUUGAUUUAUAAAAAAAUCAGAUUACCAUUGAUUACAUAUAUAUAUUUUUUUUUAAUGAUUUUCUAUCACGCAGCAAAAAUAUCACAGCGUAUGAUUUUUCGAUUCUAUCUUAAAAAAUAAAGCUAUAGAAAAAAAAAGAAAAAAAAAAAAAAAAAAAAAAUUAUGAAUACAUUGAAAUUGAAAAAGUUAGUAAUGAAAAAAAUGUUUUGUUUUUUUCUCUUUUGGUGGCGAAAUAAAACAACAUCAAUUAUUAUAUUUUAUUCGUUUAAUUCCAUCGACAAUAUCACAAUAUCAAUAAUACAGACACGUUCUUUUGGAUGUAUGCGUUAUGUGUGACAAUCCAAUCCCCUGCCUCCUCCGGCAAAUUUAUUUAUUUAUUUGUCUUACUUUGAUGCUAGUAUUUUUUUCUCUUUUUUUUUCUUUUUUUUUUAAACAACACUAUAUUCUUAUUAUUUCUAUACUUCUAUCGAAAUAUAUAUCGUAUAUAUGCGAGUUCGUUCAUACGUUCAUAUCUGGAUAUCGCAUUAUAUGUAUAUUUCAUAUGUAUUGAAGUGAUAGCCUACUCUCUUUUUAUUUCGAGGAUGUUUGAAAUACAAUAUAAUGUAUAUGUGUGUAUAUAUAUAUAUAUAUAUACAUCGAUAAUUUAUUUAUUCAAUUUUUUUUCCUUCGAUAGAAUAUAUUUUCUUUGCAACGUAUAUUAGAUUAAUUUCACAAAAUACGUAAUCUCACUGCAAUUAGUUUUUAUCGAAUGUUUACAACGUGAAUAAAAAAA